AUGACUUUGUUCCCCACCAAGUUUGAAAAUGGGAAGAUUGAGUACAAGAUAAGGUACAAGGGGAGAUCAAGGCCAUUCUCUAGAGCCAAGGCCUUGGUGACUUCAGAACAGUCCAGGGACCCAACCAAGCUAAAGGAGCUUCUGUCUCAAGUCCUCACUAUCACCCUUGAUGGUGACAAAGGAGCCAGCUCGACCGACAGCUCGAUCGAGCUAGAAACAGGGCAACUCGAUCGAGUUCCACAACUCGACCAAGGAAGGAGAAGAGGUGAAUCAAGAGUUGAGGAGAGUGAGCAUGAGAGCAAUGAGAAUGUGCCCAUGGAAGAGGAGGAGUCAGAGGAAGAAGAGGAUGAGCUCCCCAUGUACCAAGAGCAUUAUGAUGCUCUCUUCUCCAUGGACUUUGUGGAGACCAAGUACCCACAUGAUGACACAAUGAGGCUCUUGGGAUCUUUGAGGAUGUGGAGCUGGUCCUCAAGAACAUGCGCUUGGCCAAGUUCUUCUCUUACCGCUGGAGUCAUACAAGGAGCUCACUUGUUGGGGAUGGAUCACGUUCUUGGCAAGGGAGAGAAGGUGGUGACCUUCAGGCAGUUGGAGAUCCUUUUUGGUUUCACUUAUGGAGAGGGAACCCAUUGGGAUAUCAAGGAGGAUGAGCUACAAAGGGUUGGGCUACAAUCGCUGAGAGGUACUCUUCCUCAAGGUCAAAGCUCAAAUCAGGAGCCCAGUGCUUGA